GCAGGCUGCGCCGUGGAGCGGCGGCGGGGCCGGUCCGGAUGGGCUCGGGGAGCGGCGGGGCGGGCGCGGCCCCCGCCCGCCGCCCGGAGCGCAGCCCUGGAGAGCCGGAGCCCAGCUCGGUGACGGGGCUGUGUGGGCACAGCCUGGCCUUGCUCCUGUCCCCACGCAGCUGCAGCCAGGAGCUCUGGGCUCGCCCAGGAGCCGAUCCCGAGGGGUUGCCCAUGGAAUAGGCGCUUUCCCAGGUGCCUGGGCACGCGAGAGGCUGAAGUUGAUCGCCCCGGGGCACCCAAACCCGCCCUGCCCUGGAGCCCCCGGCCUCUGCCAUGAAUGAUGCAUCCACCAUGGAUUAUGAACUGCUCUCCCCGUCCCUGGUGGAGCACCCCGCCGGCGCCGCGGGCAUGGAUGCCGAGCAGAAAACUGUCUUUGCCUUCGUCAUCUUCCUCCUGGUGUUCUUGGUGAUGCUGAUGGUGCGCUGCUUCCGCAUCCUGCUGGACCCCUACAGCCGCAUGCCCGCCUCCUCCUGGACGGACCACAAGGAGGGCUUGGAGCGGGGCCAGUUCGACUACGCCCUGGUGUGAGGGGAGCCCGGGCCGAGCUCCGGUGCCGCCCCCGGCCCCGCUCCCCCUCCACCCACCCACCCA